CCUUCCCGUGCGCAGAGCUUUCCAGAGCAAGCCUCGGACUGAGGGCAUCUGUGCACGCUUCUAGAGCUGUGGACCCACCAUGCCAGCUGUCCAGCUGCUCCUUCUGGUGUGCCUGGCAUGGGGUGUGGGGGCCAGGACCGCCCAGCUCCGGAAGGCCGACGAUCGGAGAGGCCGAUGCCAGUACACCUUCAGCGUGGCCAGCCCCCAUGAGUCCAGCUGCCCUGAGCCGGGCCAGGCCAUGUUGGCCAUUCAGGACCUCCAGAGAGACAGCAGCACCCAGCGUGCAGACCUGGAGGCCACCAAGGCCCGGCUCAGCUCCCUGGAGAGCCUGCUCCAGCAGCUGACCAGGGAUCAGUCUGCCAGACCCCAGGACACUGAAGAGGGGAUGCAGAAGGAGCUGGGCACCCUGAGGAGGGAGCGGGACCAGCUGGAAAGCCAAACCAGGGAGCUGGAGACAGCCUAUAGCAACCUCCUCCUUGACAAGUCUACUCUGGAGGAAGAGAAGAGGCACCUGGGCCAGGAGAAUGAGGACCUGGCCAGAAGGCUGGAAAGCAGCAACCAGGAGGUAGCAAGGCUGAGAAGGAGCCAGUGUCCCCAGGCCCGAGACAUGCCACGAGGCUCCAGGGAAGCUUCUAAAUGGAAUUUGGAGAAUUUGGACUUCCAGGAACUGAAGUCAGAAUUAACUGAGGUCCCUGUUUCCCGAAUCCUGAAGGAGAGUCCAUCCGGCCACUCCAGGAGCAAAGAGGAAGACAUGGGAUGUGGAGAGCUGGUUUGGGUAGGAAAGCCUAUCACUCUGAAAACAGCUGAAGCAAUCACUGGCAAGUAUGGCGUGUGGAUGAGAGACCCCAAGCCCACCUACCCCUACACUGAGGAGACAACAUGGAGAGUCGACACGGUCGGCACAGACGUCCGCCAAGUUUUUGAGUACAACCUCAUCAGCCAGUUCGUGCAGGGCUACCCUUCCAAGGUGCACGUGCUGCCCACGCCGCUGGAAAGCACGGGCGCCGUGGUGUACGAGGGGAGCCUCUAUUUCCAGGGCUCUGAAUCCAGGACUGUGAUCAAGUACGAGCUGAGCACUGAGACGGUCAAGGCCGAGAAGGACAUUCCUGGAGCUGGCUACCACGGGCAGUUCCCCUAUUCUUGGGGCGGCUACACUGACAUUGACUUAGCUGUGGACGAGACAGGUCUCUGGGUCAUCUACAGCACCGAGGCCUCCAAAGGUGCCAUUGUCCUUUCCAAACUGAACCCAGAGAAUCUGGAAGUUGAGCAAAGCUGGGAGACUAACAUCCGUAAGCAGUCAGUCGCCAAUGCCUUCAUCAUCUGUGGCACCUUGUACACCAUCAGCAGCUACUCAUCAGCUGAUGCUACGGUCAACUUUGCUUAUGACACAGGCACCAGCAGCAGCAAGGCCCUGGCCAUCCCAUUCAAGAACCGCUACAAGUACAGCAGUAUGGUCGAUUACAACCCCCGGGAGAAGAAGCUCUUUGCCUGGGACAACUUCAACAUGGUCACCUAUGACCUCAGACUCUCCAAGAUGUGAAAAGCCUCCAGGAUGCACCAGGACAGGCAGAAGAUGAUGUCCAGAGUUUUGGGCGAAAGCAGGCUGAAGGGAGAGCUGGCCAUCCAAAGCCCACGCUGCUUUCCUCUGCUUCCCAAGCUUUCAUUAACGUGCGUGAAUGUGCACUGUCACUGUAUCUGACUGCGGAAUAGCCAUCUGGGGACUCAGUGGGUUUCCCAUUAUAGUGGGUGCUCUUUUCUUCCACCAGCUGUUAAAGGGAAGUCUAACUGAAAUCGUUAAAGUCUUCCGGUGAUUUGGGGCAAAUGCUGUAAUGCAUAGUGGUUUUUUUAAUGAAAACCACAGGGCUUUUUCUAAAUGACCCUCA